AUGUUCGCAUUACCUAAAAGCAGAUACCUGUAUCGAUACGCUCGACAGGAAUUCAGAUCAUUUACCUCGACUACUCCAAAAUAUGGCAUAGAAGAUCUGGUAGAACAGUCGACACUCUAUCAAGAUCACUGGGCACCUGAAGAACCAGAGCUGCGGAAAGCCCAGUAUAAAAUCCCUUACUCAUUAGACUCAUAUCGACACCGACAUAAACAGGAGACCAAUUUCGCUGAUCUAAGAAUCAUAAAACUUGCAUCUGGUAAAGGAGGUGAUGGCAAAGCUUCGUUUCUGAGAGAAGCUGGAAGAGCAAAGGGUCCUCCAGACGGUGGAGAUGGUGGUAGAGGUGGAUCUAUCUAUGUACAAGCAGUAGAAGGCGAGACGAGUCUUCACAAACUACGCAACCAUUAUACAGCAGAACCCGGCAAAUCAGGAGGAUCUGACCAACUGUCUGGUAAAAAUGGCAAGAAUAUCCUUAUUCAAGUGCCAAUAGGUACUGUCAUCAAGUGGAUUCCUGCACCCAAACUGGUCAAGGAGCUACAUGAAGUCGAGACUGCUAAGAGGUUAGCAGAGCGAGAAGCAUUAGGACUCACCACUAUAACCUCUAAACUGCCCCGUCAGGAUCUUUUUGUAGAUGUGGAUAUGUUUGAGGAUUAUUAUUCGGCUGAGCGGGAAAGGUUUAUUCAGCUGCAUCGAGAACACUAUGCCGACGGUGAAGGAUGGAUUUUCAAAGAACGGGAAGAUGAAUACUACGAGUCGCGAGACUAUUUCCAGAAACUCAAUUCUAAAGUGAAAUUUUUUGAUCUUCUCACCAGACGUAAAGAGUUAGAAUGUGACCGGAUUCCAGUCAACGGAAUCGACCUCGACAAAGCAGCUGACCCUGUUCGACUCCUAGCAGGUGGUUCUGGCGGCAUGGGUAACAUGCAUUUCCAGACCCUGGAAAUCCGUAAUCCGAAGUUUGCAAAGAAAGCUCGAUAUGGAAUUGAAGAAUAUUUUCUGUUUGAACUGAAACUUCUCGCUGAUCUGGGUCUUGUGGGUUUACCAAACGCCGGCAAAUCAACACUUCUAAGAGCUAUUUCUCAAGCUCGACCACGAGUCGGACACUGGGAAUUCACCACUUUAAACCCCACUAUCGGCACCAUUUCACUUGGAAUUUCUAAACCGUCAUUUACAGUAGCCGAUAUUCCAGGAAUCAUCCAGGGAGCCAGUGAUAAUAAAGGUAUGGGACUGGACUUUCUACGUCACGUCGAGCGGUCUGGAGGACUUGUUUUCGUUGUUGCUCUCGACCGACCCGACCCGUCAGCAGACCUUGAAAUCCUGCUCACCGAAAUGGGCUCUAAGCGACUCCAAAACAAAAGCAUCCUCGUCAUCGCCACCAAAGCCGACGUACCAGACUCCGAACUGCGAUACUCACAGCUCCGCGACAAAGUCAACACCCUCUCUUCCCACCCACUUCUCCAAGACUCGACACCCGGCACCCUCGACGUCCAAAUCGUGCCCUGCUGCGCCCAAAAAGCCCAAAACAUCGAAGCCGUCAUCGGGCUCAUGGGCCGUGCCGCUGGCAAGUUAUAA